AUGCCGAAAGAUAUUCUUCUCCGUGCCAUUCCUGACAAGCAUGACGGCGGCCGUUGUUAUGCUUUGGUCUACGCCAUGUCUGUGGCGCUGGCAUCGUCAGAAUUCGCCAUUAACCAGCUUUGCGCCAAGCUGGGUGCCCUUUGCCCCAGCAAAGAAUCCGACAUGGAGAGUGCGGCGAUGUUCAAACGAUCUUUGGAGGAUCUUCACACUAGCUACCUGGCGACGGAGGUGUCAAAGCCAAUUCGCCACAUGAAAUUUGAGGACGCUAUCGGCAUACUCAUAAAUAGCACCGACACCACCAUGAUAGCAAUGCACACAGAGUUCACUGUGGCUACAUUCACGUCGGGCAACGCACUGCUUGAAGCCACCAACAAGUUCUUCCAACGAUUCCCUGUCGUCUACGAGGCCAAGAUAGAGUGUGAGAGACCUACAUUUGAUCUUUUCCCGAUUGAUGCGGACAAGGUGUCUCGCAUCGGCUCCGACUACAACUUGACCGUCGCCGACCUAGUGAAGCCCGAGACCCUACUCGAGAUAUGGCAUCCGAUCAGAAGAUGGGGACUUUCCUCCGAGAUGCUGCUCAGUUAA